GUCUCAGAUCUUUGACCGUGCCUAAACACACAUGGCACGCGACAAAAGAAUGGACUAGCGCCAAGGACUGUCUCAGAAUGCUAACCGUGGUAUUUGUAUCGCUGUUUUUGCUCUCGAAAACAGUGAAUUGUGUGUGCUAUCAGCAGACUCCGGCAUUCCCGCCUCCAGAAUGGACAGGCCUAGCCUCGGACUUGAGCUCUACCUUUGCGAGCAUCGAGAGCAAACUGCGCCAAGUCGUUAGCAAAGAGCAAUACGAAAACACGUCGUACUCAGUUGAAGUGACCUCGGCGUCCGAGACUUUAUGGGAAAGCCAUGCCACAGCUCGCAGACGUAAUGAAACGCGGCCCGGUGUCAAACACGUCGACUCGUCGAGCCAGUACAGAAUCGCUUCGAUCACGAAAGUUUUCACGGCCCUGGGCAUUCUGUUCCAGCAAAGACUUGGAAACGUAAAUUUGGAUGACCCCGUCCUCAACUAUGUGGAAGAGUUAAGGUCGGACGAGUACGAAUUGCCGUGGAAGGACAUCACGCUGCGCAUCCUCGCCUCACAGGCAUCUGGUCUUCCUCGAGAGUUUGCCCAGGCUGAUAUCAUCAAUUCCGACAUAGAUCCUACAUCCCUUGGUCUGCCGCCCGCUUCGGGAAAGACGGCUCCCAAUUGUGACGAGAACGAUGAGUACAGACCAUGCAAUAGAACCCAGCUCCUCGACGGCUUGAAGCAUCGAGGACCCGUUUUUGCUCCUAACCAAAGAUCGACCUACAGCAACCUGAACUUUGAGGUACUAGGCCUCGUACUCGCAGACGUCACAAACAUGACGUACGAGCAGUACGUCAAAACCGCCAUCUUCGAGCCGCUCAACAUGACGAGCUCGAGCUUCGACAAACCUCCGGACGACCGCGCCGUUCUUCCCCUGCUGAGGAACGGAAACAACUACUGGGAUUUCGAAGAGGGCAUCCAGAGCCCUUCCGGCGGAAUCUACAGCUCUUCUGCGGACAUGUCCAAAUUCGUCCGGUACAUCCUGACCCACUACAACGCGCUCGCCACGGGCGUGAACUGGCUCGGGCCCUCCGGCUGGUCUGGCGGACUUCACAGCUUCUACGGAAUGCCUUUCGAGAUUUUCCGCACCGACCGAAUCCUGCCCAGCAGCAAGAGGCCGGUGACGUUUGCCACGAAGUCGGGCGGGCUGCCUGGCUACCCGUCCCGCAUCGUGAUCAUGGAAGAAUACGGUCUCGGCAUCACGGUGUUGGUCGGCGGCGAGGCCGCGUUGCUGCUGGAAAUUGUAGAGAUCGUCACGGUCGACUUGGUUCGCGCAGCCGAGGACGCGGUCUGGCGACGUAUCGCGUCAACUUACGCCGGGUCGUUCACUGCGGCGGACUCGAGCGUAAACUCUUCAUUAACGCUCGACUCUUCAGCGUCGAAGGGGUUGCAUCUCAAGUCAUUCAUAUCCAACGGAACCGACGUGUUUGCUACGCUGUUUCCCAUAUUUGUGCGGGAUACGUCUCAAGCGUGGUAUCCUCAACUCACGCCGACGCUUCUCUUCGAAGACGAAGAGCGUAAGCGCGGUGAGAUAUGGCGCAUUAGCGUCGUGCACGAGCGUCCGAAGGAUGGCGUGUCGAAGAGAAAUGUGUGGGACGACGAUUGUGUCGCAGACAUGGACACGGUUAGUUAUGGCGGGGAGCCGAUCAACAAAAUAAUAUUCUGGCAUGAGAAGAAAACGCUACAGCUUCCUGCUUGGAACGUGACGCUAAGGGCUCCCGCAGCGACUCCAAACGGUGCUGAGCUCGUGAUGCAAGGAUGACAAGCAUAACACUUCACUUUAUCAAUUGUGCUCUUGUAGUUUCAACUGCGGUCCAUUGGCUCCGAACGCAAACGCAACUUAAGAAAGCCAGCAGAUCCGUGUUUCACCA